UCUGAGAUAACAUAGAUACGCACUACUUCACCUCAAAAGACUUUCGGAGAAUAGAAAAUGAGCCUCAGGGGUGCAUCACCCUUCUGUUCGAGUGCAAAUGUGGAUUUUCUAACCACAUUCUCUUCACAGAUUCUUCCGCCAGAAAUUAUAUUCGCCGUCUUCACUUCCGGGUCCGCCAUUUUGCAGCCUCCAUUUCUCCACGAGGGGGGGUUAAAGGCCCCCAAAAUAUGUAUAUAUGAAAAGGCCAAAAAGUAACCAUCAUUGACAGGGAGCUUUAACUAGAGAAGGAAACAGGACCAAACUGGCGGGCUCGGCGAAAGCACAGCCGGCAGCGUCCCGGACGAGGAGUUAUAGCUUCCCACAAACUUGUGUUCCUAUGCAUAAAGAUGUCUUUGGUGGACUUGGGGAAGAGGUUGCUAGAAGCAGCAAGAAAAGGCCAAGAUGAUGAAGUCAGAACAUUAAUGGCAAAUGGUGCCCCAUUCACCACAGACUGGCUUGGAACAUCACCCCUGCACCUUGCAGCCCAAUAUGGUCAUUAUUCCACAGCGGAAGUGCUCCUUCGAGCAGGGGUUAGCAGGGAUGCCCGGACCAAAGUGGACAGGACCCCGUUGCAUAUGGCUGCAGCUGAUGGACAUGCACACAUCGUGGAACUGCUCGUUAGGAAUGGUGCAGAUGUGAAUGCCAAGGACAUGCUAAAGAUGACAGCUUUGCACUGGGCCACAGAGCACCACCAUCGAGAUGUUGUAGAGCUACUUAUCAAAUACGGAGCUGAUGUCCAUGCUUUCAGCAAGUUUGAUAAAUCUGCCUUUGACAUAGCCCUGGAGAAAAACAAUGCUGAGAUUCUGGUCAUUCUUCAGGAAGCAAUGCAGAAUCAGGUGAAUGCUAAUCCUGAGAGAGCCAACUCUGUGACUAUGGCUACCCCAUUCAUCUUUACGUCAGGAGAAGUUGUCAACCUCGCAAGCCUUGUUAAUUCAGCCAACACCAAAACAACCUCAGGUGACCCCCAUGCUUCCUCAGCAGUACACUUCUCAAAUUCUACUACCUCAGUGCUGGCCACCCUUGCAGCUCUUGCUGAGGCAUCAGCCCCCCUCUCCAGUUCACACAGAGCCACAGGUAAUUCAGAGGAAAUCAUAGAUGGAAAUUCUGUUGACUCAUCAAUCCAGCAAGUGGUGGGGAGUGGAGGCCAGAGAGUCAUCACCAUAGUGACCGAUGGAGUCCCCCUCGGUAAUAUCCAGGCUGCAGUCCCUACUGGGGGCAUUGGCCAGCCAUUUAUUGUAACUAUGCAAGAUGGACAGCAAGUUCUGACUGUACCUGCUGGUCAGGUUGCAGAGGAGACUGUUAUUGAAGAAGAGGCAGAAGAAGCAGAAAAAUUGCCACUGACUAAGAAACCAAGGAUAGAAGAAAUGACAAACAGUGUGGAGGAAAGCAAGGAGGGCACUGAAAGAGAACUACUUCAGCAGCAACUCCAGGAGGCUAAUCGAAGAGCCCAGGAAUACCGAAACCAGCUCCUAAAGAAAGAGCAGGAGGCAGAACAGUACCGCCUCAAGCUAGAGGCCAUGGCCCGACAACAGCCCAAUGGAGUUGAUUUCACAAUGGUUGAAGAGGUGGCUGAGGUAGAUGCUGUAGUGGUCACAGAGGGGGAGAUGGAAGAGAGAGAGAUGGAAAUGACUAGGGCAGUAGGGACCACAGAGCCUCAUACUGGAGUUUCCAUGGAAACUGUUUCAUCUUAAUGUGCAAGGGCCACAACUUGUACUGUGUCCAUCUUUCUCCUCUUUUUAAAAGAAAAUACAGAGGACAAACAUUGUAUACAAAUUAAGAAAGUCCUAAAGAAGAAAAUUAUAGCAAGGUACAAUGCUUGGGCUCAGGAAGGCUCUCAAUGCAACUGGAAAAUUCAAAGACAAAUAUAGGAAACACGUCUUCUGAGGGACCAAAAGAAUAAGGACCACAUUUCUCAGCUCUUAUCAUUGCUUUAAGCAUAGAGGUAAAAAAAAAAAAAAUGCUGGAUGUUGUACAUUGAUUGUUUUCUAAAUGACUGAUUUUCAAAAGAUUUUAAAAUAAUAUUCUUAAUAUGGAAACACCCAGAGCCUUUAAUAGUUGUACCAUCAAGUGACCUGAAAAUUUGCCUUAGAUUUAUUAUUGUGUACUUGUUAGAGAAGAAAACUAUUUGGCAGAAAGUAUUAGAAGCAAGCUUUGGGGAAGAGAAAGAAACAUAUUCCACUUCCAAAGGAGCAGGCAGGCACUCCCCACUAUCCUGAGUUAAUUUCACUGAAAAAAAAGUUGUGAUUGCCUGACUAAAUUUGCAUCCAUUAUGUGUCCAUAGCUCAGAUGCCGGUUUAAAAAACUGAAACAGAAUUUUUAAAUACUGAAAAGGAAAAAAAGAAAAAAAAAAUUAUUGAUGUGGGAGAAGUGUGUAUAAACCCCAAAUCCUCCAGGCUAUGCUUCUACAAUGCUGGAAAGUAGCCAAGUUAGGAAACAAUCUGGUCUGGAAAUACCAACUUUGCUCUGGCUGGAUUUUAUAAAAUUACAAUCAGGAGGGUAGUCUGUUGUUAGAACAACUUGCUUCCAAACAUUUAUUUAUGUAAUAUCAAGCUUUAAUGUCAACUUUUUAAUUUUAUAAAAUUUUGUUGAGUUUUCUAACAUGCUUUUUUGUGGAGCUUACAUGGUAUCCUUUCAUAUGCAAGAAAAGACAGGGGCGGGGCACGGCAGAGAUGAAUGCCAAGUAUAUUGUAUAGUUUUUCUCCCAUCUGAUUUGGUGUGAGUAAACGGCUCUGUUUCCUUAAGGUCAGGCCUUGUACAGAGCUUUUGUGCCUUAUAGGUGCUCAGUGUGGGCUGGCAAAGGGAGUAAUAAUUGUCAGUGCCAUUAAGUAAGGAACCAAAGAUUAUUUCAUCACCUUACACUAUGCCUUAUCUCACAGUAUGCCUACUCCCUUUCCCUAGACAUUUUAAAAAGUGUUUUGUUGCUGGGAUUUCUUUGCCAGCUUGAAGGGGCUUUUUUUGUUGUUUUGUUGUUUUAAAGAAAGACUAUGGAUGGAGAGAAAGGGAUUGUAGAAAGGUUAUUUUACAGAGGUUAUUGCCUUUGAAAUUGUGCCCUCAUCAUCCUGGACUUGCUUACUUGCUUUUUUGUAAAUUAGAAGCAACCAGAGGGAGAUGUGCCAAGUAAACAUUUGAAUGACUGUUUAGAAUGCGGUUUUCUUAAUUAGCGAUCAUGGGGAAAACAUACAUUUUUAAUUUGGAAUAAAACUUGACAGUUAACAUGGUUCUAUUUACCUUGAUUAGUGAAGUUAUGUGCUGUAGUUUUCUAGAGAUGCAGAAUCAUUUGGGGCUCAAAAUAGACUGAAAAUACAACUCCCGAAAACAAAUUUAACAAACAGAAUUGGCUAUUAGAAGCUUAUAGACAAAACUAUCAGUUUUGAAAUUAAUCUUGGCAACUGGCAACCUUAGCUACGUUUUCUCCAUGGACCAAGUACUGAGCGCUUCCCAAAUGAUCAGAGAUCACUCUGCACUGUUAGGGAUGAUGGAGAAAUGCAGUGGAACAGCCUAGGUAACGGUGAGGGUAAAAUUGUAGUAUCUGUUGUCACAUUGUCCUAUUUCUGUUUGCAAUGUUUUCCUUUUUCUGAGUCUUUGUGAAUCAGGUGCUAACAAUCAGCUGCUAUUGUGUGCCAUUUCAGAGUUUAGCUUAACUAUAGGGGGACCAAAUGUCACUUUAGAUGUGUUUUGUGUGUGUUCUUGGUAUAUAUAUUGACUUUUUUUUUUUUUUUUUAUCUUUUUAGGGCCGCACCCACGGGAUAUAUGGAGGUUCCCAGGCUAUGGGUCAAUUCAGAGCUGCAGCUGCCAGUCUACCCCACACCCAUAGCAAUGCAGGAUCUGAGUUGCGUCUGUGACCUACACCACAGCUCAGGGCAAUGCUGGAUCCUUAACCCACUGAUCGAGGCCAGGGAUCGAACCCGAGUCCUCAUGGAUACUAGUCAGAUUCGUUUCCACUGAGACACGACAGGAUCUCCUAUAUAUUGACUUUAAUUCCUUCAUUUUUUUCUUUCCUGUUAAGGGGGUGGAGGUUAACUCUGCAGAAGAUAUCCAGGCCCAACCACCUCACUCCCUGAGGUAGCUUCUGACUAGGGGCAGAGAGUUUCCAUCCUUAUGAGCAUGCAGAGGCCCUACUGUUUGAGGGAACUGUUUAGAGGUUCUUAUUCUUUUUCUGUAAGAACCUAUCAUUCCCACCAAGAAAAAUACUGAAUAUAGCCAAGUCAUUUUUGAUGAUGGGGUCUCUGGAAUAGAGUGUUAAAGGAAAGUUUGAGAUAGGGAGAGAGAAGAGAAAUGACUGGAAAGUGGUGGGUAGCAAAAAGACAUUUGUGUUUAUUUACUUGGCAUAGACCUUUUAGCAUCCUAGAGAAGGGAAGUAAGAUUUGCGCUCUAGGAGUUCUCGUUGUAGCUCAACAGGUCAAGAACCUGACUAGUAUCCAUGAGAAUGCGGGUUUAGUCCCUGGCCUCGCUUGGUGGGAUAAGGAUCCAGCGUUGGCAUAGGCCUCCAGCUGCAGCUCAGAUUUGAGCCCUGGGCUGGGAACUUAUAUGCUGCAGGUGCGACCCUAAAAAGACAAAAAAAAAAAAAAAAAAAAAAAGAAAGAUUUGCCCUGUAGUUGUAUGGCAGUAGAGAAUGGCAGGUCAGGAUCCCUUGAAGUAGUCAGAAGUUAAAUAUUAAAGUUAUUAAUAGCAAUACAGUUUUGAAAUUCCCACAGUGGGUUAAGGAUCUGGCAUUGCUGAAGCUGUAGAGGAGAUGGCAGCUACAGCUUGGAUUCAAUCCCUGGCCUGGGAACUUCCUGCUGCCACGGGUGCAGCCAAAAAAAAAAGGCAAUAUGGUUUUAUGAUUUUGUAAUUUUUUUUUUUUUUGAUCAGCCAUGAAAGUUGGGGAAAUGUUGCUAGAUCUUCUGGAUUAAGAGAGUCCAGCUGGUUUAUUGCCAAGGUUGAAUUACAGAGAAUUAAAUACCAGACAAGGGGUUCAGAGAUGGUACUUAAGCAGAAGAAACUUGGAGUCUAGGAUGAUUGCCUACUUUACUUUUUUUUUUUGCUUUUUUGGGGGGUCUCACCCAUGGCAUAUGAAAGUUCCCAGGCUAAGGGCCAAAUCAGAGCUACAGCUGCCAGCCUACACCACAGCCAUAGCAACACAGGAUCCAAGCCGUGUUUGCGACCUACACCAUAGCUCAUGGCAACGCCAGAUCCCCAACCCACUGAGUGAGGCCAAGGAUCGAACCCACAUCCUCAUGGAUAGUAGUCAGAUUCAUUUCUGCUGCGCCACAAUGGAAACUCCUUGCCUACUUUAAAAUAAAGCUGAUCCAGCUAUAAUGGAAAAAAUUAAAAUCAUUAUAAAAUGCCAAAAAAAUAUAUAAAUAAAAUAAAGCUGCUUUAGAAGUUCCCUGGUGGCCUACCAGGUUAAGAAACUGGUGUUGUCACUGCUAUGGCUUGGGUCACUGCUUUGGUGAGAGUUCAGUCCUUGGCCAGGGAACUUCCACAUGCCAUAGGCAUGGCCAAAAAAAUAAGCUGCUUUAAUAAUGUCAGUAUUAAUAUAAGAAUUUUAGACCCUAUACUUAAAUUUUGGUCUUAAGCUUUCCCCUAAAAAAGAGAAAGAAAUUUCUCUCUCUCUCUCUCUCUCUUUUUUUUUUUUUUUUUUUUUUGUCUUUUUAGGGCCGCAUCCUUGGCAUAUGGAGGUUCCCAGGCUAGGGAUUAAAUUGGAGCUACAGCUGCCAGCCUGCACCGCAGCCACAGUAACACAGGAUCCGAGCCACAUCUGUGACCUACACCAAAGCUCUUGGCAACACCGGAUCCCUGACCCAUUGAGCAAUUGAGGCCACAAUGGAAACCUCCUGAAAUAAAUAAAUCUUAGUAUUUCUGUUCUUAUUCCUGGCUUCAGGGAAAUUACUUAUAAAUCUAUAAAUGUACAUUCCCUUCCUACCACUACCUCAGUGGGAUUACUUAAUUAUAAUGCCAGAGUUGAGGUCUCUUUAAAUAUGAGAGAACUUAGCUUUAGGUUUUCUGUGUUUUGAACUCAGCACCUUAAAAGAUGUUCUUUUUCUCUGUCAGAUUUAUGUUUCAUAAUUUUUGGAUUUGUCUCUUCCCAUUUGUCACCCUUACCAUUGCAUUAUUAAAAUUUUUGUGUCUUUUC